AUGGCUUCUUCCUACCCUCCGCAUCAGCCUUCUACUUCCUCUUCCUCCCUCCAGGACCGGAACUCCAACUCCGCCGCCGGUGCUGCUGCAGAGCCUCUUUUGAAUGGACUCCCCCCCUCCCGGAAUUACUCUCUCCUCUCCGCCCUUCUUUCGUUUAUCUUCCCAGCUUUCGGAGGAUUACUCUAUGGUUAUGACAUUGGGGCCACCUCUUCUGCCACCAUCUCUAUUCAGUCCCCCACAUCAAGUGGAAUUUCAUGGUAUACCUUGUCCUCUGUCGAUAUUGGCCUCAUUAGUAGUGGCUCACUCUAUGGUGCAUUGAUUGGCUCCCUCGUCGCUUUUAAUGUUGCCGACUUCCUAGGGAGAAGAAGGGAGUUGAUGUUGUCGUCUUUGUUCUAUAUUGUGGGAGCUUUGGUCACUGCCUGGGCUCCUUCAUUUGUUCUUCUGGUCAUUGGACGGCUCCUGUACGGUAUUGGGAUUGGUUUGGCCAUGCAUGCUGCUCCAAUGUACAUUGCUGAAACAUCUCCUAGUCAGAUACGUGGCCAACUGAUUUCCCUGAAAGAGUUCUUCAUUGUCAUGGGGAUGCUUUUGGGUUAUAUUGUUGGUAGCUUCUUGGUUGAUGCUGUUUCGGGUUGGCGCUAUAUGUUUGGGGUUAGUGUCCCUUUGGCACUUGUGAUGGGAGCUGGAAUGUGGUGGCUACCUGCAUCACCAAGAUGGAUUCUUUUAAGAGCUAUACAGGACAAGGAGAAGUUCCAUGAUUUAAGAGAAAAUGCCAUAUUCUGUGUGUUCCGGCUGAGGGGUAGAGUCACUGGUGAUGAGGCAUCCCAGGAAGUAGAUGAAAUUCUGGAUGAGCUUUCUCAGCUUAGUGAGGAGAAAAAAGCUACAUUAGGAGAGAUGUUUCAAGGGAAAUGCUUGAAAGCUCUUUUCAUUGGUGCAGGAUUAGUCUUGUUCCAACAGAGCGCAGGUUUUACUGCAGCAUCUGAUGCAACAAGGGCCUCAAUUUAUCUUGGGCUUCUGAAGCUGAUUAUGACUGGAUUAGCUGUAUUGGUAGUGGAUAGGAUCGGCAGAAGACCUUUGCUACUCGGUGGUGUCUCUGGUAUGGUGAUAUCAUUGUUUCUUUUGGGAUCAUAUUACACCUUCUUGGAUGGUAUACCUGCCGUGGCUGUCGUUGGACUGCUGGUCUAUGUUGGUUGCUAUCAGUUAUCAUUUGGUCCAAUUGGUUGGUUGAUGAUAUCAGAAAUUUUCCCAUUACGCUUGAGAGGACGUGGUUUGAGUAUAGCAGUCCUGGUGAACUUUGGUGCUAACGCGUUGGUGGCUUUUGCAUUUUCUCCUCUGAAGGAUUUGGUUGGAGCUGGGACUGUGUUUUUCAUAUUUGGGGGGAUUGCUGUUUUGUCUAUCGCUUUCAUCUUCUUUAUCAUACCGGAAACAAAAGGGCUUACCCUGGAGGAGAUAGAGGCCAAAUUCUUAUAG